CAGCGCUAUGUAAGUCUGUUGGUGUAUCUGACAGUGCUAUGUAAGUCUGUUGGUGUAUCUGACAGUGCUAUGUAAGUCUGUUGGUGUAUCUGACAGCGCUAUGUAAGUCUGUUGGUGUAUCUGACAGCACUAUGUAGGUAAAGACCUAUAGGACAGUAUGAUGGCAUAAGUGACUUGUCUGUACAAUUGCAAAUGUCAAAGACUGUGACUGCAUGAGUGACUUGCUUAUACGGCUACAAAUUGACAUGACGUAAGAGACUGAGAUGGCAUGAGUGACUUGCUUAUACGGCUACAAAUUGACAUGACGUAGGAGACUGAGAUGGCAUGAGUGACUUGCUUAUACGGCUACAAAUUGACAUGACGUAAGAGACUGAGAUGGCAUGAGUGACUUGCUUAUACGGCUACAAAUUGACAUGACGUAGGAGACUGAGAUGGCAUGAGUGACUUGCUUAUACGGCUACAAAUUGACAUGACGUAAGAGACUGAGGUGGCAUGAGUGACUUGUCUGUGCAAAUACAUAAUGCAUGAUUCUUAGAUGUAUUUUAGUUUUUUUAUGUAUGUGCAUGUGUGAGGGAAGAAAAGGUUAGGCAUACCCUGAUUGAUAGCUAGCAAGCCUGUAUGUGAGGGAUGAAAAGGUGAGUCAUACCGACUGACAGCAAACAAGAGAAAGGGAGGAAAAGCUGAGUCCUACCUGACUGACAGUAACUUUUCUCACCUUCCCCCCAAACCCACACCUACCCUGCCUUAGGGUUCCUGCCUUAGGUUUCAUACCUUAUCCAGGUUAACAGGUGCCUCCUGGAGCUGCAGUGUAGUGAAGUAAAUAGAAGUUACCUCCUCACUGGAGAAAGAUUAUUUAAUCUCAAUAUUUCAUCAGAUUAAAGUGACAGAGUUUAUCUGAGUCUGCAAAGCUUUGCAAUAUAACUUGCAGCAAAGGCCACUGUGCUGGGCACCCAACAUGACUACUAGGCAAGUCCCUGCUGCUACGGCAGUCUGAUCCAGAUAAAUGUUGCUAAAGGCUGCAUUACGACACCUUUUCUGACCCUUUGUUUUGGCUCUCCUGCUUUUGCUUGAAGGAAAGUGAAGAUUUUAAAGCGAUACUCUUCUAUCCAGUCAGGUAAAAGAAUUUAUCAGGAAUCUCUGUAUUAUCCACUCAAUAGCUAAACCUUUAAUUCCCAUAUUUGCCUUGUUCUCUUCUUAUUUCAUUUGACUGCAUGCUAAAUAGCAACACAAGGGAUAGCUCUCUUUGCGAGACACUAAAUCAUAAAGUGAAUCCAAAAAGCUUAACAACUGAUCAUAAUAAUCAGACUGAAACUGUGCUUAAUGAAUUUAACCUUUAAAUAAACAUCCUUAACUUUUCUAUUCUUAAAAAUGGCAACUUCAUAAGUGACAAUUUUAUGCAUGGCAUGGCACAAAACUAUAUAAUGAAAAGAAAGUGGAAUUAUUGUGUGAACAUUCUACUUAAAUAUAUUUCCAGUUCCACAAAGCCUCAUACGGCCUUUUAAUGAGGACACACAAGAGACAGGCCUGUGGAAUGAGAAGUUAUGGCUGCAGGGGAAAGUCAGAUGGACAGUCCACCCCUAAACAAAGAUUUAAAAAUUCUAACAGCAGAUGACAGGAAAUAUAAAAUAGAAAGGCCUGACAAGAGGCUGACAUAGAAAAUAUGACACAGGCCUGACAACAAGAUAAUAGAGAAAUCAUCUAAAGACAGAAAGGCCUGACAACAAGGUGACAGAAAAUAUCAGACAGGCCUGACAAGAACAUUUCAGAGAAAGCCUCCUUAGACAGACAGCCUGACAACAAGAUGACCAAGAUGAUAGAUGUGACAAGCCUACAGAUCAGCAAGACAUGAAAUGUCCCCAUUACAACUACUGAAGACUCCUUACUCUUUUUUCAGAUUGUUCUUACACAAAAUGUCACAAAAGACAAAAUCCCUUCAACAGUAUUACAAGAACUUGUUGCACAGGGAGCAGGCGUUUUUUGAGCUGCUGGCACGAAACAUCAUGCUGGGACCACUUCGUCAAGACCACACCCAGCUACAGGUAAAGUUACUGAAGGAUCAUGAUCUUGGCCAAGUGAUGGGUAAAUUUAAACUAAAUGGGGAUGAAAGCCUCUUGCAGCUGACUGUCAACUUCCAUGGUGACAUCAACAUCAUGACGCAGCUGGCAUCGCUGUGCCCAAAUCUGUUGUUGCUGCAGCGACAGGGCGAGUAUGAGGGUCAAACAGUGCUACACACCGCCAUCAGCAAGCAGAACCUCAAUGUUGCACAAGCAAUCCUUGCCCACCCUGCUCUCAAAAACCCAUGGUUUCUUCUUCACGCUAAGGCUACAGGACCUCGAUUUAAAGAAACUGUCAUGAUGGGUGAGCUGCCCUUGUCCGUGGCAGCCCUGACUUUCAACCUGGAAAUGGUGGACUUGCUGGUAAGCUGUGGUGCCUGUCUACACGCUACAAACACCUGGGGUGACACAGUCUUCCACUCCCUCAUUCGCUUUGCUGCCCUGUACCCAGAGAGACUUGGUAGCGUGGAGACAGCAAUGUGGGCUCUGCACCAACGUGUUCUGUCCUCACCACUACCUGCCCAGCCCCACCACUUCAAGUUUCCUCAUGUACAGGUGCAGCCUAUCUCUGUGUGGCUGGUGAAGAACAGAGAGGGACUAACAGCAUUACAGUUGGCAGCACUGCUAGCUCAGCCCUCACUGUUCAAGAUAGUACUGGAACUGAAAGGCAUCUACUGUCACCUAGAUAAACAUGAUGGGCUGUACGACUCUCUGCUGUAUGAUGUCACUGAAAUAGACCCAGUUGCCUACAAACAGUGGCACCUGGAGAACUCAAGAAGUGCUGGAAGAAACAAAGUGUCAUCUGAACAUGCUAUGGGGUUGCCUUCACCCACACACAGCUACUGGCCUGAAAUCAGCUGUUGUCCACCAACAGAUCCGAGUCCACCCACAUCAGCAACCUCCACAGGCAGUCACACCCUUUCUGUGUUAGAGCUCAUCUGUGAGACAGGGCGGGUACAAGAAGCCUUCCAGCUUCUGAACACCUACGUUGUGCGCAAAAUCCUUCAAAGCAAGUGGCACCAUUACUGCUGGUGGUUUGCUGGAUGGGCGCUCUUUCACAUUGUCUUCAUGAUCUUACUGACAGUAUAUGCAAUCUACAAAGCCAGGCUUAUCCCACUACCAGAGACAUCUGGCAACAAUUUCUCUCCUGACCCUAGUACAGUUUCCCCUGAAGCAGAUGUCACUAAUGGUUUUGCUCACAAGGACUUUGUCACAUCUGUGGCUAUACUGAACAUGCCAUUGGCUGCUGGCUAUGUAUUCUGGGAAAUAGUAAGACAAUGGAGAAGACAGCCACUAAAGCUGAUGCUUAUUCAUCACAAUGGGCUCUAUCGACUCCAGCUCCUCGUCUUUGCUCUUUGUCUGCUGGCAGAUAGUAUCUGGUAUUUCACAGGCCCAGUCAACAAUCAUCUACUGGUGCUAGCACUGCUGGUGGGCUGGUGGUUUACAACAUUUUUCUUGCGACCCUUCAGAAAGUUUAGUUUCUUCACUGUCAUGGUGCAGAAGAUUUUUCUUGGAGACAUGCUAAGGUUCUCCAGCAUAAUCAUCUUGGAGUUGGUGGCAUUCUCUGUUGCUAUGUACAUCACCUACCUGCCAUCACCUGGUGGGCCACCUGAAGAAUUUGAACACCUGGGAACAACACUUCUGACCAUGUUUAAGCUGAUGCUAGGUUUAAAUGAUGUCGGUAUCCUGUACCAAGCACCGCACCCAUGGGUGGCCAUCACACUUUACGUUCUCUUUGCUCUCCUGACCUUUGUGAUAAUGUUCAACACCCUCAUUGCCAUGAUGUCCAACACAUGUUCUCUGGUGGCGGACAACAAGGACAGUCAGUGGCAGCUGCAGCGCCUCUCUAUCAUCCUACUGAUGGAGAGCAUGCUGCCAAGCCAACGGUUUACCCUCAACUGUGGCAAACAUAACUAUGUGGCACGGUAUGACCUACAGCAAGAGCGCAUGAUUCAGGAAGUUCGAUUUUUUUUCAAAGUCUCGUGUGUACAGACAAGCUACAGUGAUGGGCAUGCCAUCUUGAAACGCCAGAACACACUGCAGACCAAGAGAUUUGAUAGCGUCCAUGCUGGCUUAGCUCCCCUGGAUCAAGAUCAGCACCUUGACCUUUUAACCUCGCUGACUCAGCAGUGCAUGCUACAGGAUGUGGACCACAUAAUUGGAAAGGGAGAGCCUGAUCACUUUGCGGACCAAUCAACUUACAAUAAGCUCCUAAUUCAACAUCCAGGAAAGCUGUUAUCUGCCAAAAGAGCACAGGACCCAAAAGUUUCUCAAAAUGCAUCAGACAGGCAGCAGGGUCUUGCCAGUGACUACACAGCACUGCGUCAGUUGAUAUCACAAACCAAUCAUGAAGCCAACAGCUACAGAUGGGACAGCAGCAAAGGUCAGCUGCAAGAGAGUCAAGAUCAAGAGGGUGGCCUCAUAAAGGUCAUCACCAGACUUCCCCUUCAAGAGGCUUUCUCCAAGGAUGAUCCUGAGGCUGCUCCAAUUUUUUCAUCAACAGAAAACCCAACAUUGAUUCUACAGCAAACUGACAAAGCUGAAGACAAAAUUGCAGUAAAUCAAAAGCGAAAAUGCCAUAUAAGUGAGCAAGGACACAAAGGCCAACGACUGAAGUCCACUCGCGCCACCAACCUUGUGUCCGAAUACAAAAGAGAUCAUAACAGAAGGAAACCCUGUGUAGAGGAAAAGCCUCCCCUUGGCAAGUCUCUCCCGGGAUUUGACUGGCAGAGCAAAUGUACAGGGUCAGAGGUUAACAGAGGGCACCUAGUGCAGCACCGACCAUCUUCUCCUGAAGUCUUUACCAUCUCUGACUGCCAUGAUGGUCAACUCUAGGGCCUAGAUCAUCACAGGACACAUUCCGACACUGGCAUAGCUGUCAGCCCUCGCACCUAACCCACCACACGAUACAUUUUGACUGGCAUAAAUCUAUCAACCCUCAGGCCUAGCCCACCAUAAACCAACAGGCACAAUUUUGAUACAGACUAUUAGGUGUCUCCCUUCCAAGUAAUGUAAAGAAGAGGUUUAUUUUUGUCUUCGUGUUACUCAGUAUUAUUACAACCCCUGAUGUUAUAAAAAUGGAAUCACCAGAAACAUUUUCUACUUGAUUCUUCUGCCCCCAGAUGAUAACGGCAAAAUAAUAUUCUUGUAUCAGCAACAAUGUCCCUGCUGCAGCCUAUUCUAUAACAUUCCCUUGGGAACAUGUAUAUACAGGCGGACCUCGAUAAGUCGAACUCAAAGGGACUCGAAAAAAAAUUCGACUUACGGAGUUUUCAAGUUAGGGAAAAUGGCGUAAUAGGCGCAGGUAUUUGGCCGGGAACUAACAAUUAAUUCGAUAUAGGGAGGUUUUCGACUUAGGGAAGGUCGACUUAUCGAGGUCCAACUGUACUGACAUUCUCUUUGUUCACAGACUGUCAAUUUUGUGCUUGAAAGACUGCUGACUUUCUUUCUGAUGGCCUAUUGAUAUCUAUACAUUUGCUAAUACUGAUACCAAACUCUGUACAGGGCUGCCAAUGGCUAAGUUAAUGGCUUGUAUAAAGACUACUGAUUGUGCAUUUAUCAUGUCAACUGUCGACUAUCAGCAGAAUGCAUGCUUAGUGUAUUAUAUUUCAGUAUAUUUCGUGUGUGUGUGUGUAAACUGUCCUUUGAUGAAAGACAAUAUUGUUGACACUACUGUGGUGUGAUUGAUAAUUUAUACAUACAUUGCAUAAAGUGAAAUUUUAUAUUUAUGCAGUGUAAUUUCAUAAAUAUGUAUGCAGUUUCAUAUUUAUGCAUAUUUGACAGAGAUGCAACAAGCACAUUACACAUGCAAUCAUUAAGUGAUGAAUAUGUGAUGACCAAUAAAUGAUGUGUGAUGACUAAUAAUUUCAUCAGUGACAAAUAAUGUGAUGACCAACAAUUUCACAAAGUAAUAAAUGAUGUGUGAUGA